AUGAGGACCAGAAGAGGGCGGAGCAGCGGCACCGCGCUUGGAGAUUGGGGAAGCCAAAUAUCUGGCCCGGCUCGGUCGGACCGUGUCGUUCGUACGUCCGAGUCCGGCUCGCACCCAACCGGAGGGGCGAGCUCGCAUCACUCGGCGGCCGCGUCGCCGGCCGGCCGGCCGUCCGCCAUGUCGUCUAGGAGCGAGCGCAGCCUCGGCUCCGCCUACGCGACACCGGCCACAAUCUUCGGGGACCUCUCGCGCGGAUCUGCCGCGUCCGCCUCUGGCAGCGCCGCCAGUAGCGGCAAGAGCCCGGCGGAGGGCACGGGGACGAAGAGGAAGCCGCCCUUCCGGCCUGCGCCGGACGACACCAAGCCCGUGCUCCGCGACCCAAUCUCGCGGUCGGACCCCGUGGAAACCGAGCAGGCCGUGCUGCGGCUGCCGCCCUUCCCCUGACGCCGACCCGCGUCCUGAUGAUCCCAUGGUGCAGAUAAUUCUAAAGAAGUUACUGAGAUAAGGUUUUGUCUGAAUUUAUUCUGCAAGAGUUGGCUCGUCUUGGCAGAUGCUUUUAUUGUGGAGAACGAAGGGCCCUCAUUGGAAGACUUGGCUAAUAUUAGCUUGUUUCUUCCGUAAUCCUAGCAUUUUCUAGUCUUCUUUUGAGGGGAGUGUCUCAUAGUUUUAAUCUAGUUCCACAUGGGGUUGUAGGAGGAGAUGAAGUGCUUCUAAUUGCAAUUGCUGGAUACACGACAUAGUUUUACCGCUUCAAUGCCAAUUCAUUUUUUCGGGAAA